UUUGCCUGGUCCUGAAGGGAAAUUUGACAUGGUGUGAGUGUUCUGACUUUCUUGCGACUUGCCUUCCUUUCUGUAUUGAUAGAGGAGCAAUAGCUUUGUCUCUCUCUCACAUUUACUCUAGUGGCCCAAGGGGGGCCUUCUGUCAUCUCCAUCUCCUUCUGUCAUCACCUUCAGCUAUUGAUACCUGAUGCCAUUUUCAUUAGGAGGAGCAGCAAUAUGGGAUUGUUCCUACAAGAAAAAGGAAAGUACUGUUAAUCUGCUCUGUUCUGUCAUGUGUCCUUAAUUUUGACCUGGGGGAAAGGGAAUGCCGAGCCUGAAGCAAUAGGCAGAACUCAGGGCCAGGAAAAGACUGAGCUGAGAAGUCUGUAGGGACUGGCCAAAGCCCAGUGCAUGGAAAAGAAAGUCUGGGCUUGAGAAGGUAAGAAAAAGGCAAAUUUAAACCUACAACUUUGUCUGCAAAUCUCACGUGGGGACUGCCUGACAAUUCUUUUUUGCAUUUUUGGGAUUGGCACUGUUUAUAAAUGGCUGUGGAUUAAGUCUCUACAACUGCAUGAUGAGGUAAGUGGGAGAAAGUAGACAUGGUAGAGACAUUGUAAAGGACUAGUGCCAUUUGUAAAUGUAGCCACUGCUGCAGAGGAAUGUUGGAGAAUGUUGUGCCUAUAGGUAAGCACCUGAUCGUGCCUGACCUGAGCCCUCGUGCUGCUUUUGGAAUAGAAGUUGAAGGCUUUAGCUAUAUCACAAAUAUAAAACUCUGCAGAAAUAGCUGAACUGCAAGCAGCCCAAAGCAGUCAUCUGAUGUGGCUUCCAAGUCAGUAAGUUCUGCUGAAGCAGCUUUGAGCUCAAUCUUUGUGGCUGUGCCCUGUGUCACAGGAGUGCACCAGGCUGUUCAGCACUAGUAAAUUUGCAGCUUGUAAACUGCUUUGCCCCAGAGCUCUCAUGUGUUUUAAUCUCUGAGUGGUCUGUGGUAAUCUGGGACAUGAGUCAUCCUCAUGCCCCAGUAUAGCCCCAAGGAGAAAGCAUUAAGAUUGCCCUGACUUUGAUUUCAAAAUUUUGAAAAGAGAAAAAAAGUGCAGCUUACGUUAAAAUGAAAAAAACCCUAAUAUUGUGGUGAUGUUCCUGAACACAAACACAAAACACCAUCUGUUUUACUCACCUAUAUUUACAGUCACAUCAGGGAGUUGUCAAUAAACAGGGACCAAUUAAGUCUGUUAACUUUUAGUAUGUGCUGCUCAUUUAUCUGAUGGUAUAAACGGCUAAUUCAAUUGUGGCAUUCAAAUGGCUCAGAAUUAAACUGUUUUCAAUAACUUUAGUUUUGCUCUAAAAUUAAAAAAAAUUGUUUGGAUAGUUUUGCAUAUUAUGUUUUUGCUUCUGAAAUAAUUAAACCACAUUUCUCUUGUCACUGUUUACACAUGCUACCCUGCUAGUAUGCUUCUGUCCUGAAGAGGUAUGAUCAUACAUCUCAGUGUUUAGAAGUCAAAUAAUGAUGAAAAUGCUGCAAAUGGCCUAAAAUGAAUAUUGUCACAUUUUUUGGAGCAUAUUGCAAUAAGCGUGUCAAUUCUGAUUCUUCAGGCUGUGCUUAUGGCUUUCAGUGGGAUUUAAAAUGUCAGUUCAGGGGUGUAGUUUCCUCUCUGUGAGACUGAAAAAGGAUUCUCUGGGGAACAAUCAGCUUUGAAUGACCCAUCUGGGGCCUAGGUAAUUACUGGCAGGAAGGAGGAUUUGGGUGAAAUGAAGCUGGAGCCAGGUCUUAGUAGAUAUUCUAGAUAACAGAUGUCCACAAAAACCAGCCCUGUAAUUGAUGCAGCUAUAUUUCAAACUCAUAAAUUACAUAUAAAAAAGACACGUCUCAUAUUUUAUUAAAAUAACAAGCAACAGCUUUGUUCUUUGAGAAAGUUGCCCUCUGCUGCUACAGCCUUCAGAAGUGGCUUAGUCUGAAAUGCUGUGCUUAGUUUCACUGUCGAAAUAUUUUGUGAAAAAUACUCGGGGGACAGUUUUAAGACUUAGGAACUGAAAUGCUUCUGCUGUGGUUUUGAGGUUAUCCAACUCAACAGGGCUCAGCCUGUACCGAUGGACAGUGUGAAGAAGGGUGUGGUGAGCUAUUCUACACAGUUUGGAGACCUCACCUGAAGUUUUGUUUAUUUAUUAUGCUGGUGUUUUGAGAUCUGAACAGCAGCUGAGCCCCAAAACAGCAGAGGAGCAGCAUGCAAUAUCUGCCUUCUGGCUUUAUAGCAUCUUAGGUUGGAAAAGACCUCUUAAGGUCCAGUCCAACAAUUAACCCAGCAUUGCCAAGUCCACCGCUAAACCACAUCUCGAAGUGCCACCCAUACGUGUUCUUUAAAUGCCACCAGGGAGGGGGACCCUACCACUUCUCUGGGUAGCCUGUUCCACUAUUUGGCAAUUCUUUUGGUGAAGUAUAUUUUUCCUCAUUUUUAAUUUAAUCCUCCCCUGGCACUACUUGAAGCCAUUUAUUCUUACAAUAUUGCUUGUUUCUUUAGAGGAGACCGAUCCUCACUUUGCUACAACCUCCUUUCAGGCAGGUGUACAGAGUGUUAAGAUCUCCCCAGGGCCUCAUUUUCUUCAGGCUGUACCUCGGCUGCUCCUCAGCAGACUUACUUUUAUCUUCCUGUCUUUUUCCUGGGUGUUUUAAUCUCUGGUGAGGAAUUCAUAGAAAUUACUUCCAGCUUGUAUUUUGUGGGGCCUAAGACCAGCUGGACCAAGUGCACCCCAGACAGAGGACAGCCACAGAAUACUAUCCCGUUACAUCAGAGACACAAGACUUGGUGUUUGCGAACAUACUCUCCUCACCAGGGUAACUAACUCCCACAAGACUCUCAUACAGGGGAUUUCUCCUUCUCUCAUCCUGCCUCCCUCUUCAGCAUCUUGCAGGAGCCCUGCAGUUUCAAGGUUCGCUGCUGUCGCAUCUGUGAGGGGAUCAGAGCUUCCCUCUAAGGGGAUGGAUCCCCAGACAGAGAGACCCAAGAAAAUCAACACAGAACAUCUAAUUGCUGACAGGCAGGAAGGAAUUGGUGUCUGUGGCUGGAUCCUGGUUUCCCUUUCAUUCCUCCUGGUGCUUAUUACCUUUCCUAUUUCCAUCUGGGCAUGUAUUAAGGUUGUCAGAGAAUAUGAACGUGCUGUUGUAUUUCGUCUGGGACGUAUUCUGUCCAAGAAAGCAAAGGGACCAGGAAUGAUCCUCGUGCUUCCAUGUACGGAUACAUUCAUCAAGGUUGAUCUUAGGAUGGUUACCUGUAAGAUUCCUCCACAAGAGAUUCUCACAAGGGAUGCUGUUACUGCCCAGGUGGAUGGGGUGGUGCACUACAGGAUCCACAGCGCUGUCAGCGCUGUUGCCAACGUCACUGAUGUCCACUCUGCGACCUUGCUUCUGGCACAGACAGCCCUGAGAAACGUUCUGGGUACACGGAGCUUGGCUCAGCUGCUGGCAGGUCGUGAGGAGAUUGCACGCAGUAUCCAGGUUUGCCCUGUCCUGUCCAAGCAGGUACACCACGUGGCUUUCCCUCUGCCAGCACUGUGCUCUUCCUGGUGUGUUGUUUGUCCCCAAGGCUACCCUCGACAGUGCCACGGAGCAGUGGGGUGUCAAAGUGGCCCGUGUGGAGAUCAAAGACAUCCGGAUCCCCGUGGCCAUGCAGAGGGCAAUGGCAGCUGAAGCAGAGGCUGCUCAAGAGAAAAAAGCUAAGGUUGUGGCAGCUGAAGGAGAAAUGAAUGCUUCCAAAGCUCUCCAGAAGGCCUCCAUGGUGCUGGCCGAGUCUCCAGCAGCUCUGCCACUGCGUUACCUGCAAACAUUAACAGCUGUGGCAGCACAGAAUAAUUCCACC